GGGCGAGCAGGUUUCUCUCUCCCUUUUGCUGCCCCACAGGCUAGGGGGGGGCUGAAGGGGGCUGAGCUGUCCCCCGAGCGCUGCCUGCAGGAGGCCGGUGGGCUCUUGGCCCGGCUCAGCCCCUCGGCUGUGGGCAGGACGUGGGCUCUUCCUCCCGCACAGGACGGGGGGGUUUUGAGGCGUUUUGUUUUAGUGGCUGAUAAAGAAACAGCCAGAGGCUCCCGGUGCCGCAGGCCCCUGCACUGUUUGCCCGCUCUCUCUGCUCUCCCCCUGCCCCAUUCCUCUCCCCUGUUUUUCAGGUAUUACCUCUUUGCCCUCGUCGUGAACCUGAGCCGGGACGCCUACGAGAUCCGGAUCCUGAUGGAGCGGGAGGCGAGCGGGAAGCGAGCGAAAGGCUCCGACAGCGGCCGCCAGCUCCGGGCUGACACCGGCCUCCAGCAGCUGGGGCUGAGGCUGCAGAUCCAGCUCCGCCUCCUGCUCCGCGUCCUGCGGAACAACCCUCCUCUGCUGCUGGACCUGGUGAAAAACGCCUGCGACCUUUUUAUCCCCCUGGACAAGCUGGGGCUGUAUAAAACCAACCCGGGCUUUGUGGGGCUGUGCGGCCUGACUUCCUCCAUCCUCUCCAUCCUCACCAUCCUUCAUCCCUGGCUCAAACUGAAGCCUUAGUUGUGCUCAGAGCCUGUCUCCGGGCUCAAAGCCAGCCUAGGCAGAUAUCUGGGCACCCCGUGGGUUUACUCCUGGGGUUGGGACACGACUCAAGCUGACUCUGUAGGUCCCGUUGCCGCUUUAAUAAAACGGGCUGCGGAGAUGGGAGGGAGUUUGCGGCGUCGGAGCCCGCAGGGACCUGCUGCAGCUGCCUCCGCUCCCCGCGUCGCCGCCGAGGAGGGCGAUACUCAACACACCUAAAUUUGGUUCUUUUUUCCCCAGCGCCUGUAGGGCCCGUCGGGCUGUUUUAGGGCUUUAACAUUUCCCCUCCCUCUUUAGGGGGGUGUGUUAAUACGGAGCCAGCCAAGAUUUGAGGCUGGAGGAGGCUGCCUGGGUCACCGGGUGCAUCGCUCAGACUCGGCGGGGGGGUCUUAAACCACGGGGUGCGGGUGCGUCUAGUGCUGGCUGGGCUCAUCCAACGCCCGUUUUGACACUUUAUCUUCCUUUUAAAGAAGUCUUUUAAGUGCAGAGAGGGUGAGUUGAAAGGACUCGGGCUGCACACGAGCCGGACCCGGCUGGGCGUUCGGAAUUGAACUCGGGGUAAGUCCGUGGGGUCCCGGGCGGCGCCGCUCCGCCGGCGGUUUGAGGUGAGGUUAUUUCCUUGGCCUGCACCUUCCCCGCGAUGCCACCUCACUAAAUUUGCCCGUUUUCUUGGUUUCUGUGACACCAGGUAACGCUGCUAAUGCCGGGCAGUGAGCUUGGCCCGGCUCUAGAAGAGUUUUACUUAACCACAGACUGAAGGACGAGCUCAGAGCUUGGGGGAUUAUUUUUAAUUAUUUUUUUUUUUUUUUACCCGGGGGUUGCGACAUCCCUCGGUCCAUCCCCGGGAGGGUGACAUGGAGGGAGGGACCCCACGUGCUUGUCAAACCCCCCCCCCCGGUGUGGUUUUGGGGUUUUUUUUUGAGCUUUGUGCACAAACAGCUGGGCCUGAACCCCCUUCCUGGUGGCAA